UAUCUGAAUAACUAAAGUGUAUUAGGUGAAACUUAAUUUUUUUCAAUUAAUCAUGGAACCAUUAAAUGGAUCAGAUUCUUUAUUCAAUUUUUGCAACUAUUUUCAAUCACAAUUACAAUUAGAUCAAGAUAAAUUAUUAAUGUCUACCGGUAAAAAUUUGAAUCUAAUUACUAAUGGUUCAUUAUCAAAAGAUAAUCAAUGUAGUAUCAAUGGAUUUUCACCAUUCUUAUCAUCAUCAUCACCGUCAUCAUCAUCGCCAUCAUCACCACCAUCGACAUCAAUGAACAAACAUCAAUUUACUGAACGUAAUGAAGAUUUGAAUUUGCAAACAUUGAAUAAAAAUUUACAUUCAUUAUUGAAUGAUGAUUUAUUGGCUAUUCGGCCAAAAAAUCCUAAUGAUCCGGUAAUAUUAUCAUCAUCGACGACUAGCUCAUCUACUGAUAAAAGUUUAAAUAGUUUUUGUUCUGAAUCGAAUGAUUAUGAUUCGGUCAACACAAAUCAGGAUUCAUUAUUGCUCAAUCUUAAUGGUUUUCUUAAUGCUGCUGCUGCUGUAGGUAAUUCUUCAAAUCAUAACAACAGCUGCAAUGAUCAACAAAAACCAUUACAUCAUCAUGCAAGUCAUCAACAACAACAACAACAACCGCAACAAUUCAGGGAAAAUUUACAAUCAUCGGCUUUUUUCAUGUCGAAUCAUCAUCAUAAUUAUAAUAAUCAACCACAGCAGCAUCAGACAUAUGCUUUUCCAUCAUCAUCGAAUUCUUCAUCACCACCAUUGUCACAGACAUCGGGUCCAUCAUCGGCAUCAUCCGAAACGGCAGUAACAAACAACACAAAUGUUGUUUUCAACCACAACAACAACAACAAUAAUAAACCCGAUAAUGCCAAUCGUUUAAAUUUUCUUGAUUCACAAAAUCUUUCUUCGUCAUUGGCUCCAUCAUCAACAACUAACAACAAUACAACUUCACCACUUCUAUCAAAAGUUAUUACUAAUUCAUUCAAUAAUCAGAUUUCAAGGAAAAAUGAUAAUUUGUUUCAUUCAAACAUAAAUCCAUUGGAUAAUGCAUUUUCAUUGAUGGUAUCGAAUUCAUUAUCGAAUAAAAAUUCAUCAACAAACAAUAUCGAUACAACAAUAACAGGACAACAACAGGAUAUAUCACCAUUAUUUUUAAGAUCAAAUAAUGGAAUUUCAUUGGGAUCAUCCACCAUAGAUUUAGCUGGUGAAAAUCGAUCAUUGAUGGCUAUCAAUAAUAAUAAUAAUAAUGGCUUACGUAAUGCUUCAUCAACAAGCUUGAUCAACAAUGUCAACACAAAUAUCCAUCCAGAAUCUUUAUUGUUGAAUAGCGGAAUUUCAUCAACUAAUAACUGUAAUAGUGAUGGUAAUCUUAUUUUAGGCAACAAUAGCAACAAUCAAUCACGUAGCAAGAUAUCACCAUCGUCAUUUAAUAAAAACAAUAUAAAUUGUAUGGGAAAAAAUUUAGCUUCGAAUAGCAAUGUAUCACCUCCAAUCUUGACGAACAACAACAAUAAUAACACCAACAUCAAUAAUAAUAAUUGUAAUAAUUCCAACCAAACAUUAUUUACUCCCAAUCAACUUGCUAUUCUCAAUGAUCUUUUGGAACAACAACAACAAUCAACAGCAUUACAGCAACGCUUGUUAAACUUAAAUAAUAACAAUAAUAAUAAUAAUAAUUUGAACAACUUGACAUCAUCAUCAUCGACUGUUUCUGGUUCUAAUAUUUCAAUGUUGACACAUUUCGAUCAUCAAAUACAAUCAUUGGCAAAUGAAAUUAAUUCCACUGUUCAACUUUAUGUCAAUAGUAUUCAGAUGCGUAAAGAACAAUUGUUAAAACAAUUGGAACAUGUUCGUAAUGCUUAUUCAUUAUUGAUUAAUCAACAAUCAACGGCCACUAAUAAUCAGAAUAAUAAAAAUAAACCACCAAUUACUCAAUUACCGAAGAUUACAUUCACACGACCUGAUCAAAAUCUAUUCAAAUCGAUCACAUCAUUUGGUUUCAUCAAUACGCCUGCAUUCGGUCCUUAUUGUCAAAUUAGUGGUGAAGGUCUUUCAAUGGCCAUUGAAGGAGAACCAACAUGUUUUUCCAUUAUCACUCGAAAUUGUUUCAAUGAAGAAAUGUUGAUUGGUGGCGAAAAUAUUGAUAUUGAAAUUCAAUCAAAUGAAACGACAGGUCAAAACAAUCUGUUCAUUUCUAAUCCGUCGUUUCAAAUACAGAAAAACAUUCUUGAUAAUAAUAAUGGUAAAUAUAAUGUCACAUAUACAAUACCACGUGGCAGUGGAAUACGUUCGGCAAAAAUAUUCAUCAGUAUCAAUGGUCUACUAACAAGUAAUUCUCCAUAUUUGAUCACCGUCAAAACCGAACGAUUACGAGAGAAUUGGAAACUACUUACUUUGUAUGGUGAAGAAGGAACUGAACCGGGUAAAUUCUGUCGACCAUGGGGUAUAGCGAUCACACGGCUACCAUUACAAAAAGAUCCGAAUCAUAAAUUGGUCGGCGACGUCAAUGCACCAAACAUUCCAAUGCAAUCAAAAUCAUUCUAUCAAUGGCAAUGUCCUAAUUACCGAAAAGACUACCUCUUGACUGUCGCUGAUCGUAGUAAUAAUCGAAUUCAAAUAUUAAAACUUAGUAUCCAUGAAAAUGUUAAUAAUAAUAAUAAUAACUCUUCGGGUCAAUUUGUAAUGUCGAAUUCAUCAUCAAUGGCAAUGAACAAAGCAGAAAUAUCAGUAUUGCAUGUGUUUGGAAAUGGUCCUGGGACUAGACCCGGUUUGUUUGAUCGACCUGCCGGUAUUACUAUUAAUUCAAAUCUUGGACAAUUGAUUGUGGCUGACAAGGAUAAUCAUCGCAUUCAAGUUUUCGAUUUAGCUGGCGGAUUUCUGUUUAAAUUCGGUGAAAAAGGCUCAAGACCUGGACAAUUUUGUUAUCCAUGGGAUGUUGCUAUCUGUCCGCAAACAUCCAUGAUUUUGGUUUCCGAUACACGAAAUCGGCGUAUUCAAUUGUUCACACAUUAUGGACAAUAUCUUUGGCAUUGUGGUCAACCACUUGAUUCUCCACGUGGUGUAGCUUUUCUUACUCCUGAUCGUUAUAUUAUUUCUGAUUUCAAUAAACAUCGAUUAUUAAUUAUCGAUCGAAAUGAUUCAAAUUCUCAUCAGGUAAUCAAUUCAAGAGAUGAUUAUAUAACAUCAAAAUAUAUAGGAUUCGGUGAAGGAUCAGCAUGGGGUGAAUUUCUUCGACCACAAGGUCUGGUCGCUUCAAUCAAAAAGAAUUCAAUGGUCAGUAAAUAUGUACAGGUAUUAUGUGCCGAUUCUCGAAACAAUCGAAUAGCCAUUUAUAAUUCAUUGAAUCAAAAUUUUGAUUAUAUUAAUGGAGAUUCAUCUAUGGCUAAUGGCGCUACAUUUGAUCGGCCAUCCGGUAUUGCUAUUGCAGACAAUAUUCUUGCUAUAAUCGAUUUUGGUAACAAUCGAUUGCAAAUAUUUCAAAACAAUCUUGGCUAACGAUAAAAAAAAUUAAUUGAUUGAUCAGAAACAAAAUCAAUCAAAUACUCAAUUUAAUAAUUAAUUAAAAGUGCUCAUCGAUUCAAAA